AUGGGAUCCACAGAAACGUCAGCCAAGCUACCUGACUUCAACAGCUUCCCAGACUAUAUCCCUGUUCACCCUAGCGUGAAGGUGAACACUGAAUUUGGCAGUUUACUUCUUCUACGAGAGAUAGAAGAGCAGUUACUGAGCAUUCAAAGCAGCGCAGAGUCGUUUAUAGAAUAUGCCAGUUCCAGUCCCCAGCUAGCCCAGAACGAGGGGUUUAAGGUUUAUUCCGAACAAAUGAUCAAGUCUUAUGAGAAGUUUUACCUUGCUAAGGUGAAACUCCAAGCUCUACAGCUGGCACUCAAGAACGCACACAGAGAGCUUGUUGACCAUAGAAGAACCACAUUGGAGUUAACUCUUUCAAAUUAUGACGAGUGCAAAGAGCUUAUAAGGAAAAACUUUGCUGACGGGUUCAGCGAUGACUUGGAUGAACUAAUUAGAGAGAAACUGGGAGCACGGUUUGAAGAGCUUCUACAUCGAGACCCAUCCUUCACCUUCAUAAGGAAUGCAUUCUUCGUGCUUCAGUUCCCAGAAGAUCCUCUUCAGGAUGAACAAGUCGAUGAAGAGUUGGCCGUGGAGGGAGGUAAGAUCUCGUUGAAGGAUCCGCUUUCGAUGAACUAUUUUUCAGACCCGGUGGUAUCCAAGAGGUGCUUCCAUGUUUUUGAAAGGGCACAUAUAGUUCGUCAGAUGAGAGUUGCAAGAGAUGAGUACGCCUGUCCUGUUACUGGUUGCGACCAGUAUCUUUCAGAAAGCGAUUUGUCUCCCGAUAAGCUUAUGAAGCUUCGAGUGAAGGUGUACAUGGGCAUGACAAAGAAGAGAGACCACGAGUCUGUGGUGAGAAUCUAA